AUGAGGGGAAAGAGCGAAUGGGCGAGAGAGGAAGGGAGAGAUAUAAUUGUCAGCGAGAGAACAAGAGAGAGAGAAUUGUACAGUAACGUUGGCAGACAGGCUUACAUUUGACCGCAGCUGUUAGGAUCAUCCCAUAGCAAUGGAUUGUCGGAACCAAGGGUGCAGCCAGCCGCCAGACGAGGACAUCAUGGACAUCCCACUGGAUGACCCGGCCGCAAACAAGGCCGCAGCCAAGAUCCAAGCAGGCUUCCGCGGUCACAUGACCAGGAAGAAAAUGAAGGAUGAGAAACCCAGAGAAGAGAAACAACGGGAUCACAAGUAAAAGACAAAGACAGGCCGGCUCCACGAAGACCACACAGUGAUCAGACUGGGGGAACACAAACACAUCACUGCAAUAACCAGAGCUCCUCUCUCCAAGGCAAACCCUGCCCAUGUAAAAGUGACCGUAGAUCUAGGUUUGGAGCUUGUCCCCACAAAACCGAGAACUCCCCCUCUCCUUCUCGUCCCAUAAAGUCAGGAUGGCUGUUCAAUGACACACAAGUGAACCUCACACACAGCAUGACUAUUUAUCAUACCAGUGAAAGCUCUAGUCAGUUUGGAAAUGUACUGUUUUUAAGUGGAAUGUUUCUUUUUGGCUGCAGGUUUGCAACAUAUAGCCUACUACUUUAUUGCUUAAUAUAUUAUAAGCAGAGUACAAUCUGUGAAGAUUGUGAGGUUGUUUUUAUUCUAGCUCUUUGCUAUAGUUAGUCUCAACAUACAAAUGACAACAUGCAUUUUUAUUAUAUGACAGUUCAAUUCAUGACAGUUUCUUUUCUAAUGUGCUUUUCUUUUGCCUGUUAAAUAAAUCUGCAGUCAAGUGCUUGGAUUUGGAUGCUAUUA